UCGGAAUUAUCAGAUUGUCGGGUCUUAGGUAUUCCCCUUGCAUGGCGUCUUCGGAUGGAUAUAAAAUAUGGUACCAUCGUUGACUGAGGCAUACUUCGACUUCGAGCUGAAUCGAACAACAAGUGAAUUCUUCUUCAAUUGCCGUAACAAAUUUUAUUGAAAUGGCUGUCUCACAUAUCCUUACAAUCACGAUAGUAGUCUGCACUUUGUUGCAAACCAGUUUAGCCUAUCCACUUGAAGUGGACGUAGAUGAUGAACCAUCCUACGUCUAUUUAUAUGAGGAAGAACCCCAAAUGUACCACCAUCGUUACGUGAGAUCCCUUCAACCUGGAGCGCCCAGUUUUCCAAUGCCUGGACAACAGAAUCAGGAGGGAUGGAAAUUGGAUCCAUCCCUCACCAGGGACUAAUAUGGGAACACCAGGAGUACGAUAAACGUCCAACACACAGGACCAAAACACGCGGUUGAAGCCAAUUGGGAUAAGGUCAUUAGAGGACCUGCAAGAGCCAAACCUACUUACUCCAUUCGAGGAAGCUGGAAAUGUUUUAUUGAAAUGGCUGUCUCACAUCUCCUAACAUUCACGGUUGUAGUUUGCACUUUGUUGCAAACCAGUUUAGCCUAUCCACUAGAAGUAGACGUGGAUGAUGAACCAUCCUACGUCUAUCUAUACGAGGAAGAACCACAAAUGUACCACCAGCGAUACGUGAGAUCCCUUCAACCUGGAGCGCCCAGUUUUCCAAUGCCCGGACAACAGAAUCAGGAGGGAUGGAAAUUGGACCCAUCUCUAACCAGGGACGAAUAUGGAAACACCAGGAGUACGAUAAACGUCCAACACACAGGACCAAAACACGCGGUUGAGGCCAAUUGGGAUAAAGUCAUUAGAGGACCUGCAAGAGCCAAACCUACUUACUCCAUUCGAGGAAGCUGGAAAUGGUAAGGAAUCCAAGGGCCAAUUUUGUGAUCAACGUCAAUACGCUUAUUUUAACUUGUAAUUUAUUAUUUUGUUGAUGAUUAAAACUCCAAUAUG